AUGGACGCGAAGGCCAAGCUGCACGAACAGAAGAAGCAGAAGUCGCUCAAGAGGCAGCGUAAGCGAGAUGAGGACGCGCACGGCAAGAACAAGCGUGCGAGGAUCGGAGAUGGAAGCGGAGGCAAGGUGAAGAAGCCCAAGAGCCCCGAUUUCCUCGUCAAGUCCUUCCGUCUCGGUGCCAAGGCCUGGGCCGCCGCUGCCGAUUUGAAGAUUCAGGUGAAGAUCUUCUCGACCAAGGAGCCGCCGGUGUUCGAGGUGCGCGCGGACCGCAAGGGCAAGGGCCAGCGCGAGCGGCUGGUGGCCGAGCUCGAGGCCAUCCCGACCUUCGACUUCGCCGCCGUCGACGAGCUACUGGUCAUCACCUGCGCCGUCCCGCGCGACUCGCUCGCGCUCGAGCGCGCCUCUGGUGCGGAAGCGGCCGGCGGGUGGACCGAAGUCCCGCUGGGCGAGGAGGUGCUCGGCAAGAAGAAGGACGACAAGAAGAAGACGACGACGAAGAAGAAGGGCAGCAAGAAGGAGGAGGAGGAGAUGGAGGAAGCGGAGGAUGGUGGUGAUGAUGAGCAGAAGAUCAACCUCGAGAUGCGCAUCGCGGGCGACGCGGUCAAGCGCGAAAGAGUGAAGGCCGCCUUCCUGGUGGCUCUGGCCAAGGCCAAGGAGGCCGCUAUCAAGGAGGUCGAGCUGGACAGGGGCUCUGACGAUGAGGAUGAUGAGGACGACGACGACGAAGACGACGAUGACGACAUCGACGAAGCCGAGGAGGCCUACCUCGAGGCCCUCAAGAACAAGGCCCUCAAGCGGGACGGCAGCGAAGGCGCCGCCGACAGCGGCCUCAGCGGCCUCCGCUUCAUCAUCACGAAAUGA